CAAUUCCACAUGUUACAUUAUCUGUUUGCCCAUACUCAGAACUUCACACUAUUUACGCCCAACAACGAUGGAACUUAAUCUUGAAAUAAUUUUAGUUGUCAUCAAAGAAGAAAAUCAAUAUGGGACAAAAUUAAACUUGUUAUUUUCAAUUAAAAUUUCAAUUUUGGACAAUAUGUUCUUGCAUGUUCUUCCUAAUUCAAUUGUUCAUGUUCAUGCAACCACAUAAAAGAAAGGACUUUCACUUAUUGCUCUCUUUCUAAGAUACUACUGCUUGGUUAAAUAUUUCUAACAAACAUGGUUCUAAGAUUGAACAUCGAUCAAAUAGCAUUAACAACACAAGAUUGGAUUUGAAAAGUUCAAAUUGUGGAAAUCGGACGCCAGAGAGAAAGCCCUGACAAGAAAUGUAGAUUCCAAAAUUUGAUUUUGGAAGAUGAACAGGAUUGCCAAAUAAAGGCAGUACUGUAUGCAGAUGAAAUUGAACAGUAUGAGAAAUGCUUAAACUCAUGAAUACCUAUCUCAUCUCUACCGUAAGAGUCAAAAUCUCCCAAACUUCACACGGCAAGCCGAUACACAAAUUUUAUUGGGUUCUUGACAAAGAAACAGUUAUUGAACAUAUCACACCAUCUAAUGGAGUUGAGAAUCCACUUCCACCACCAACCAAGCUGAAUAUCACAACCUUUGACCGCAUUCCUCACAUGAUGCUUGAUUCUGCUGUUGAAAUCGAUAUACUGGCAAUCGUUCUUCGUUGUGGUCCUCAAAAAUACACAGGUCGCAGUAAUCAUAAGUGUAGAGAAAUUAUCAUUUGUGACAAUCAGAAAAAUCAAUUUCUCCUCACUCUAUGGGAGGAUUUUGGAGAAAUUGAAGGAAAUGAAAUCGAAGCAAAAAUGGAAAAAGAAAUGGAUCUUAUUGUAAUCCUUGGCAGGAAUAUAGGAAUCUCUACUUUUCAAGGGUUGUCACUGCAGAGAAGGUACAAUUCAACAAUACGCGUAGCUCCCAAUUACCCACAGGCAGUAGAACUCACCAAAUGGGCAAAAGAAAACAAAUCAAUGUUGUUAAGUCGUGCGUCGAACAAAACCUCAACAAGCUCAUCUGCCCCUCUCAUGGUAUUGACUCCUGCCGGCCAACAAGUUGUCUCUAUUGAACAAAUUUCAUCACCAACUUUUGUAAGUCAUACUUCAAGCUGA